GUCUGGAGGAUUCAGUUUGACAAGUUGGAUGUCAAAACUUUGAGACAUUUAUCAAACUUUUGACCUAAGUAGGUUUUCAGAACAUAAAAACGCAUAAAACCUUUCAUGAACAUGUCACAUAGACGACUUUGAUUCGAAAACAAUAUAAACUCUAAAGAGAUUGUUAGAAAUGAUUUAAAACCCUUGAACAGAGUACUUUAAAAAAGUAAAUGGAACCAGUUGAUCUGUAACGACGACGGGUGAAUUCUCUGUCUAUAGUAUAGUUUAAAGAAAACUUUUUUAAGUCGCUAAAAUCAUAAAAUCCUAUGAAAAACAAAAGAUGUGCUGGCCUCCACCUCUAAAUGAUAUAUUCACUUCAUCUUACUGUAGGUCGACGAAUCCCUAUUUGUGUCUGUAAUUCAAAAACAGCUAAAGUUGAACUUGGCAGGUCUGUUUCUGGAGGUCCAAGGAAAUGCGGUGGUGCAUUUGGUUCGGUUUGGUCCGGUGACACUGUUCAGCGUUGACGAAUGUUGCUUUUGGCCACAUCCCACUAGCAGGAACUCCCCGGGGGAAGACUCAGAAUUCACCGGAGAAGCUAUGUCAAGUGUCCUGGGAAACGCUGCGGGAGGAGAGGGACGUCGGAAUGAACCCUCCUCGACCUGCUGUCCCUCGGCCAAGCGGCACCAUGGAUGCUCAGUUUAAGUAGCUGCAGAUGGUGGGCCGGUGGUAAUCCCAGCUGCCCAUUGGCCUGACCCUUUGCACUCCACCCACCCUCCCAAACCAACAGGCGACGACAACCCCCCUUCUCCUGAAACCUUAACGAACCCGCUGAGCCGCGCGGCCAAAGAGCUGCUUUAAACUGGAGCCCUAAUCUCAUCUAAAGUCAUCUGAACUAAUCCCACAGCAGCAGCAGCGGCGGCGGCGGCGGCGGCGGCAGCGGUCGAGGUGCAUCAGGUCUUUGACUGAUACAGUAGCCAUCUGCUGCACGUGUGUCUAAUGAGUAGGUUUUACUCAACUAAUGCAAAAAAUGAAAUCUGUAGGUGAGAGGAGGCCGAAGAGCGAGCGGCGGAUGUGAAAGGAGUUUGACUUGAAAGACACAUCACCGUUUUCUGUUUUAAAACCACGAAAAUGAUCAAUGAAUUGAUAAAACUACAGAACUGUACGGUAUCUGUACAGUUACUUUUACAGUUGAAACAGGCAGCUCCAAUAGUUUUGCACUAAACAGAACAAAAAAAAUCUAGUUGUGUUUUAGAGCUGCAGUGAUUGACAGGAAAUUAAUUGGCAACAAUUUCGAUCAUUGAUUAUUGGUUUAAGUCAUUAACAUUUUUGAGCACGAAUUCACUGGUUCCAGCUUCUCACUUGUAAAAUAUGAGCUAGACUCUUUGUUUUAUAUACAGUAACCUCAACAAAAAUAAAAUAAGAGCAAAAAAAGGCAACUUGAAUUUGUUAACUCGGACUUCAAUGGACUUUUUAAAAACUACUUUCUCUCACUGUUCAUUGAAAAAUCCCUCGUUUGUUAAAGAUAAUAAUUAUCACACUUUUGAUCAUGAAAACAGUCGUCUCUCGAUGAUUUAAUACUUCCUUGCCCAAAGCAAACUUCAUAUAAAAACAACCCCAUCAUAAACUAAAACAGCUAAAGACCAGUUUAUACUGUAUUCAAAGUCAUCAGCCAAAAACAUUUGGACAAAUUUGCGAUGAAUCAGUUUGUGUUACGGACUCAACUUGGGGCUUUAGGGUCCUCGGAGGUUCCGGGGCCUCUGGACAUUUGCCCACUUUUCCAGGUCCAUGUAUGACGGAGGUUGGAGGAAGCAGCUCAUUUUUUUGUUAUUGUUAAAUUACAAUCUACUUCCCUGACGCUUUUUACUGUAACCACGACGACACAGGUCCCCAAAACCUCAACAAACUACUUAUUUUCAUCCCACGUUUAACCACAGCGUUGUCACGUCAUGAAACUAAUUGAUUUUUGGUUUUUUUACAGUGAUUUGUUGCUGUUUUUGGAAGGAAUUGGAAGAUGACGUCAUCCUGCCAGAAAUAAAAGCUUGAUAUUAAUUCAAUAUCAGAGUUAUUUGAAUCCACAUCACGAUCUUUCCUGAUCGUACAAAUCGUACAAACACAGCAUCCAUCAGGUUUAGUCCAUUCAAUGAAAAUUUAUUUUCCAAAAGAAGCUACAAAUUGUAAUUAUUAAUUUAAUCAGUAGGAUUCGUUACAUACAGUAAACCUAGUGGAGGAAGUACUGCAAUUAACAAGCAACUAAGUAUCCAUCACUACUAUGUACAGUAUCAAACACCAUAAUGUUCGACUCGGCACAGUGUUGGAAACCUCCUGGACUUGAACACGUGUGAAAUACUUGUUGCAUCUUAACGUCCACACGUUUCACUUUCAGUUUUUUUGCCCAUUUGAAGUGAAUCUUUUUGCUCCGGUCACGUUUGGUGUUAACCAGUCCAACACAUUUGAUACUCGCUGAAGCGGACACGAGGCCUCAGCCCCCCCCCCCCCUCUUUCUCUAUUGUACAGUACAGUACGCCUUGAAUGUGUUGAUCAAAACAAAACACAAAACAAUGCAGCAGCAGUUGGCUGCUAAGUGUCGGCGAAUCUCCUGAACAAACCGCGGGGCCCUGAGCUGCGUCAAGCGGCUCAGCCGAGGUCCAAUCUGACAUUUAUCUCUCCGGGCUGUUCUGCUGAUGGCAGCACCACGUCGCUUUAGGAAGCAGCUGUUUACUGUCAGAGAUCUAGGUCAGGAUGGAGGGAGAGAGAGAGAGAGAGACUCCUGCCAACAGUUUACACACAGACUGGCCUCCAGAGCAUCAUCUGUAAGGGGCCCCCGAGUGGGUCAGGGGGCCCCGAGCUGGACAGCGGCCCUGGGAGGGAUUAUACUAAUGUGCUUCUUCAACUCCACAUUCCCCGAGAUGAUGACGAAGGGACGCGGAAGAUGAAGAUCUGCUGCCGAAGCUUUCCACCCGACGACAGCUUUGCUCCUCAGGUUGACGCUCACCGUCGUCGCCAUGGCGUCGCCCGGGCCAGCUGAACGAGACAAGAAGCGCUGGAGGCUCUGAGCGUUGUGGAGACGCAUCCCGGGAUUGUGAUUGUGGACUUGUGGGAUACGCGGACACUUCCUGUGGCCUGCGUCCCCCUUUCUGGAGUCCACCUUCCCCGAACACGACGGUGAUGACAACAAGUGUCGGUUCUACAAGACCUGGUACCAAGUCCAAGACGACAACCAUCCAUAGCUGUAGCAACUUUAAAAGAUACGGAGGAGGAGCGUUGACGGACGGAAGGAGACGCGGGGAGAUGGAGCAGGAUGGGAACAGGGGUCUAAAGUUACGACCCCCCUCGAGCGGAGAGCUUCAGGAGUCACCGCUGCUGCUGCGUCUUUCUUUUCUGCAGACCCAGGUGAAGGGGAAGAUGCCGGGGGUCCCGAGCAGCCGCACACCAAUGUUCUGGCCAACGUGACUGAUUGAUCCAGUAGAUGAACAGUAAAGAUUAAGAGGACGACAAAUGAGCGUGCUGCUUACACAGCGCUUGGGGCUAAUCCCCCCUCCCCUCCUCCUCCAACCCCCCCCGGUCUCCCUUUUGAGGAGCUGCCACCGAGGAGCGCCCCGCAGACCGACGGCGACCGACCCCGCCAACCUGUUGACGUGCAACAAGUGUCCGCUCCAACAGCUCGUGGGCGGACCCCGGCCCGUCUGCAUCAUCUCCACACCCGAGCCCACGGCCCAGUAGAGGCUCCGCCUGCCGUCUGACCACUGGGGAAGAGAACCUGCAGCUGCACACAGACACUCAACAAGGGACUUGAACUUUUUUUUCGUGUGUGUGUUUGUGUGUGUGUGUGUGUGUGUGUGUGUCCUUGACGCUGUGUCUUGGCAAGAGGACGGAUACUCUAUAAAAACAAAGUUCCUCGUCCAUCGCAGGAGAAACAUGAUGGAGGAUCACAUGUUGAAGAUCCCCAUGAUGACCACCUCGUCCCCCGCCCAGUCGGACGACAGCAGAGGAGCCAAGAGCCCGGCCCCGGGCAAAGCGCUGAGCCCGGCCCUGGUCUGCAAAGUGUGCGGCGACACCAGCAGCGGGAAACACUACGGCAUCUACGCCUGCAACGGCUGCAGCGGCUUCUUCAAGCGCAGCGUGAGGAGGAGGCUCAUUUACAGGUGCCAGGCUGGUACGGGCAUGUGUCCGGUGGACAAAGCUCAUCGCAACCAGUGCCAGGCGUGUCGGCUUAAGAAGUGCCUGCAGGCGGGCAUGAACAAGGACGCGGUGCAGAACGAGCGGCAGCCGCGCAGCACGGCUCAGGUCCGCCUGGACUCCAUCGACGUGGACCCCGACAAGGAUCACCUGGCCACCACGCGGGAGCCCACCUCCUCCUCCUCCUCCUCCUCCUCCUCCUCCUCAUCCUCCUCCUCCGGUGUCAUCACGUGGCCCCACAUCACCUCCUCCAUGUCCAUCACCUCCUCCGUGGCCCCCCAGCGCUGCGUCAGUCCCCAGAACAACCACCGCUUCAUGGCCAGCCUCAUGACGGCUGAAACCUGCGCCAAGCUGGAGCCCGAGGACGUCGACGAAAACAUCGACGUGACCAGCAACGAGCCGGAGCGCGGGUCCUCCGACUACCACAUGGCGCUGUACCCGUCCAGCACGGAGAACGUGUACGAGACGUCGGCGCGGCUGCUCUUCAUGUCGGUGAAGUGGGCCAAGAACCUGCCGGUGUUCUCCAACCUGCCCUUCAGAGACCAGGUGAUCCUGCUGGAGGAGGCGUGGAGCGAGCUCUUCCUGCUCUGCGCCAUCCAGUGGUCGCUGCCGCUGGACAGCUGCCCGCUGCUCUCGCUGCCGGACCUCUGCCCCGGCAUGCAGGGCAAGACGAGCUACACCGGCCUGGACCUGCGCCUCCUGCAGGAGGUCUUCAGCCGCUUCAAGGCGCUCGCCGUCGACCCCACGGAGUUCGCCUGCCUCAAGGCCGUCGUGCUCUUCAAGCCAGAGACUCGGGGUUUGAAGGAUCCGGAGCAAGUGGAGAACCUGCAGGAUCAGUCUCAGGUGAUGCUGGGACAACACGUCCGCUCGCACUACCCCAGUCAACCAGCCAGGUUGGGAAAGCUGCUUCUCCUCCUUCCCUCCCUGCGCUUCGUGAACUCGGAGCGGAUCGAGCUGCUGUUCUUCCACCGGACCAUCGGAAACACUCCCAUGGAGAAGCUGCUGUGCGACAUGUUCAAGAACUAAAAGCACAAACAAAAACUGCGUCGUUACCAGAAACACAUGCAGUCGUCAAACGGAUCACAGGAACGAAGCUCGACUGAUUCUAUGUAUUUCUGUAAAACAUAUCAGAGAUUCUGUGUGCUGUUAUUAUUAUUUUUUUGAUUAUUUUCUUUUUUUCAAAAGGCCACUUUAUUAUUUGUUGUUUCCACAUCAGGUCGUUUCUGAAAGUUUAAAUGCAAUCCACGUAUCAUCCGUCAUGCUUGCUGUCUAUCUGUGUUAUAUUUAGACUUUGAUUUGUGUCUGAAGUGACUUACUCUUAGUGUCUCUCUGUUUCUGUGUUGUUGUUGUUUCAGACCUUUAUUUGCUCGGUGAUAGAUGGACUGUAAAUCCCUGCUGUCAUUCAUGUGACUUGUCAUAUUCAUGUUGUCAUGCCUUGAUAAAGUAAAACAUUUGCUUAAAGCCCCAGUGUGUAAUAUUGGUCAUUUUCUGGCGGCCUCUGGUGGUAAAGUUGCAAACCGCAAACCAACUGAGCGA